CGUUGGAUUGAGUAUCGCCGUCCUCUACAAAUUCUAUCCUUCUCAGCGUCCCACACUCCCAUUUCUCAAAUCUAGGGUUUGCAACGAAGCAGCAGCAGCAGCAGUGUCUCACCUCCCUCAGUUGACUGAAGAUGGCAACCCAAAUGAGCAAGAAGCGAAAGUUUGUGGCGGAUGGAGUGUUCUUCGCCGAACUGAACGAGGUUCUCACCAGAGAGCUUGCUGAGGAUGGUUACUCCGGUGUGGAGGUCAGGGUUACCCCUGUCCGCACCGAGAUCAUCAUCAGAGCCACCAGAACCCAGGCUGUUCUUGGUGAGAAGGGAAGGAGAAUUAGGGAGCUUACCUCAAUUGUACAGAAGAGGUUCAAGUUUCCUGAGAAUAAUGUGGAACUCUAUGCUGAGAAGGUGAAUAACAGAGGGCUCUGUGCUAUUGCUCAGGCUGAGUCUCUCCGCUACAAGCUCCUUGGUGGCCUUGCUGUACGCAGGGCUUGCUAUGGUGUUCUGAGAUUUGUUAUGGAAAGUGGUGCUAAGGGAUGUGAGGUAAUUGUCAGUGGAAAAUUGAGAGCCCAGAGGGCCAAAUCCAUGAAGUUCAAGGAUGGGUACAUGAUUUCUUCUGGCCAACCAGUCAAGGAUUACAUUGACUCUGCAGUGAGACAUGUGCUCCUUAGACAGGGUGUUCUUGGUAUCAAGGUUAAGAUCAUGCUCGAUUGGGAUCCUAAAGGUAAACAGGGUCCCAAAACCCCCCUCCCGGAUAUUGUCACAAUCCACACUCCAAAGGAGGAAGAAGAAUACAGGCCUGUGGCUGUUUUGGCAAAUGAUAUUGAGGUUCCUGUUGCUUGAAAAAUGUUUUGAUUGCUCUGAGUAGUAAUCUUUGUAGCUCAGCACCUACUUUUGCUUGCAUGAGGUGUUUUUUGUCAAAAACUUGUUCAAGAUUCUUAUAGUUUCAUGAACUGUUUUAGAUAUUUUAAUACUCGGUUGGUAUUUAAGCAUAACUUGUCCUUUUUUUAUUAGACCUAAAUAUGUUUUUGUCCCUCUAAUUAUAUCUAGUUUUGGUUAUGGACCCUCUUA